AUGUCUAGCCAACCCCCACCAAGAAUCCCCAUUUGGGUGGACUGUGAUCCAGGUUCGCUCAUAACAAAGCAGGACGCCUUCGCAAUCCUCCUCGCAACGAACCACCCCACCAUCCACCUCCUCGGCAUCAGCACCGUCCACGGCAACAGCACCCUAAAAAACACCACCAGGAAUGCCCUCACCAUCUUGACAAUCCUAAACCGUCCCGAUAUACCGGUGUACCCAGGCGCUGAGAAACCAUUUUGUCGGACGUGUCUUAAGCCAGAUAACGGGAAAACCGGUCUUGAAGGCUCGAACCUUCCCGUCCCAACUACCUCUCCCGAAGAAAAACACGCUGUUCUGGCCAUGCGGGAUGCGUUGCUCUCCACACCGAAACAUACAGCGUGGUUGGUGGCGUUAGGGCCGUUGACAAAUGUGGCGCUUUUGGUGGGGUUGUUUCCUGAGGUGGCGGGGCAUGUUCGCGGGGUGAGUAUCAUGGGGGGUGCGGUGGGGGGUGGAUUUGUUUGGAAGAAUAAGGAGGGGGGAGAGGAGGGAAGGAUGGGCAAUGCGUCGUGGUGGGCGGAGUUUAAUUGUUUGUGUGACCCCGAGUCAGCGAGAGCUGUGUUCAGUAACAAGACGCUAGUGGGAAAAAUAACCCUCUUACCGCUGGAUAUUACUCAUAUGGCGAUGGUUACUGAUGAGGUGCUGGAUCUUAUGCUGCACGGCCCAGACGGGAAUGUGAAAGGGAAGAGAGAUGUGCCCUCGGAGAGAAGACGCAUCUUUACCGAUCUGCUUCGCUGGUUCAGGGCUGGGUAUAAAAAGGCUCAGAACAUCGAUGGCCCACUCCAUGAUCCUCUGGCUGUGGCGGUGAUUUUGCAUACCGAGGGAGUGGAGGAUAUCGGGUUCGAGUUCCUGGGUGAGGAACGGUUCGAGGUGGAGUUGGUGUUGGAGGGGGAGCAAGUGGGAAGAACGGUUGUCAGGAGGCUCCCAGAUGGGGAGAUGGGAGUGAGGAUUCCAAGGGUGUUAGAUGUGCAGAGUUUUUGGCGGGUUUUGGAACGGGCUGUUGCUUUGGGGGAUGAGUAA